GUUACAUUAUGUUACUCGAGUCUUAGAUCUUCACCCCGAACGAGGCAAAAUCACUAUGACCGAAGUGAUGCCUCACAUCCAGAGCAAUCUGGACUGCCUGAAAACUAUGCAAUCAACCACAAGUAUGGCGGACCUAUCUGUAAAUGUGCCUCGACUUCAAUUGCGGCCGAUGGUUGCUUUGAUAGCGUCUGCUAAUCCCAAAUUGCAGUAUCAAGCCGCACGGAAGAUGGUGAAUGAGUCCGGUUCAGAGUCUCUAUCGUUUUCUCGAGAUAUCACUCGGGCUGGUGCUGAAGUGAAUGAAGACUCUGACAGGUAUGUGCAUCUGGAACAAGCAGAGAAGAGUCACCUGCCCGACAACACUCCCCGCAACGUCCUGCAAUUUAUGAGCAUAUUCAUACUAUUUAGGAGCACGACCCAAGAGCAACAUGUGCGGGAUAUUAGCGGCAAUGGGAUUGUCAACACUGUGACGAACGAUCCUGCCGCAGAAGGAGAGCAAGGAGGAAUGGCAGCAAGAUUCAACACAGGUCUGGCAAGGCCUUUCCCACUAGCCAGCCUCAAAUGA